UCCGGUGCUAUGACCUUUGUUUACUGUCUGUCUAGUCGCUCUAGUUAAAAAUAGAUCCAACUGCUCACAGUGGAAACUACAUGCCAAACAGGUUUCUAGGUUCAGUCUUUCGGUCGCUUCAGCAGGUGGUCGACAUGAAUUCCCCCGCAUCCGUAAGCUUUCGACGUUUUUGCUCGCGGGGUGAUUUUCUACCACCGAGACACCAAGUGAGCUAGCUAGCUGGCUCCCCGUUAAGCUCCGUUGUGUUCGUGCGUCGUCACGUUCUCCUGGUACCUCUCAGAGUGAUCAGCAGCUCCUCAGACUCUCACACAGGUGGACACUGUAAACUGAAAGGGAAAGAGGUGUCCGAGACGACGAGCAGGCUGGUUAUAUAAUCACAAGUCUCGGUUGUACAAGCUAAAAAUAUAUUUUCUUUUAAAGCCUUUGCCAUGGCCUGCAGUUUCCUAAACACGGAUGAGGCGUCUCCAGCGGCUCUGACAGACCUGUGCCUCACCUAUGUGAGCCAAAACCUGGAGUGUUUCUGCGUGAAGCGCCCUGAUGGCUCCUUCUGUUUCAGGGAGGCUGUACUCUUCCCGCAAGAGCUGGCAGACCAGCUGCUGGCCAAAAUGGCCACUGAAGGUCUGCUGAACGACAGCACAGUGGGUGUGUUUCGGAACUGUGAAUACUUGCGGUUGAGACGGGCCUGCAUCCGUACUGCACGGAUCUCUGCAGAGGCCUUCCAGAAAGCCCUGUGCCCUCACAGAUUGCUGGAGUUGGAUGCUGCCCGGGUCAAUGCAGACCUUACCAUUCCUGAUAUCCUGCAGGGGCUGGCCACUAAUAAAUAUUGUCAGGAGUCCCUCCAGCGACUUGUCCUUACAGGCCUCACCAUGUCCUCUCUGGAAGAACCAAUCUGGUAUCGCUUCAGUGCCCUCCAGGGCUUGCGUUCCCUCUCUCUAGCCAAUGUAGACUUCUACGACUCUGGGCUAGGCGAUGUGUGUUCCCUGCCUCGGCUGGAGAGCCUCGAUCUUUCUAAUACUUCAGUCACAAACCUGAGCCCGCUGCUGGGCCUGAAGGAGCGGCUGCGCUCACUGACACUGCAUCAGUUGAAAAGGCUGGAGAUGAGCACUGCUCAGCUGCUGGGAGUCAUAGGCCAGUUGAAUGUAUUGCAGCACCUGGACAUUAGUGAUGAUAAACAGUUUACUUCUGACGUGGCUCGUCAACUUCUCGGACAGCCGGGGAUUCUGCCCGCCCUUGUUUCCCUAGAUGUCUCAGGGAGGAAACAGGUGACAGAUGCAGCUGUUAAGGCAUUUGUUGAAGAGAGGCCUGGAAUGACCUUUGUGGGACUUCUGGCCACAGAUGCUGGUUUUUCAGACUUCCUAUCAGGAGAAGGAAAUCUAAAGGUGACUGGAGAAGCUAAUGAGACUCAGAUCUGUGAGGCACUGCGGCGCUACAGUGAGAGAGAAGGUUUUGUGAGAGAAGCUCUCUUUCAUCUGUUUAGCCUCACUCAUGUCAUGGAGAAGUUGCAGAAAAACUGCUUGCUGUCUCUGUGCAGUGAUCGCAUUUUGCAAGAAGUUCCAUUCAACAGGUUUGAAGCUGCCAAACUGGUCAUGCAGUGGCUUUGCAACCACGAAGACCAAAACAUGCAGAGGAUGGCUGUGGCAAUCAUUUCCAUACUCGCUGCUAAGUUAUCCACAGAGCAGACGGCCCAGCUGGGAGCAGAGCUGUUUAUCGUGAAACAACUGCUCCACAUCGUGCGUCAGAAGGCAACUCAGGGCGUGGUGGAUGCCACCCUCAAAUUUACGCUGAGUGCACUCUGGAACCUCACUGAUGAAUCGCCAACAACCUGCCGCCAUUUUAUUGAAAACCAGGGGCUAGAUCUGUUCAUUAAAGUUCUAGAGUCGUUCCCCAAUGAAUCUUCUAUUCAGCAGAAGGUUCUCGGGCUUUUGAACAACAUAGCAGAGGUUGGGGAGCUGCAUGGAGAGCUCAUGGUGCAGGGGUUUCUGGACCACAUCAGCAGUCUGCUGCACAGCCCGGAAGUGGAGGUCAGCUACUUCGCUGCAGGCAUCCUCGCACAUCUGACGUCACGAGGAAAAGAGGCCUGGGCGCUCAGCCCCAGUCUCCGGUCCUCACUGCUUGAGCAAUUGCAUGCUGUCAUUAUGAAGUGGCCCCCGCCAGAGUGUGAAAUGGUGGCCUACAGGUGAGAUACAGCUUCUAUUCAAUAAUGAUGGAGUAUUAUAAAAAGGAUGCCAAAACAGGAAACCUUCUUGCCGAGAGGCGACUAUGCUAGCUAUUGUGUCAGCAAAAUCUCAAAUUUAUAGAUCUCAGAGCCAAAUCUUCAAACCUCAUGUUAAUACGUUACAUUCAGUUCAAUAUUUUGUUUUUUGUUUUUCCUUAAUGUGUUUGGAGACAGAUCCUGUAAUCUCAGGGCACCUAAUAUUAUAACGCAAAGACCCUACAAACCAAUAAAUUGAAGCAUUUGAUGACAGUGGGGGGGAAACCGCCUUUAAACUCUGAAAGACUUCUAGUAGAAUCGGGCAUCCU